AUGGACGCGACAAGACGCGUUGACAUCACCGCUUUCAGGCCACUUCUACGGGCGUAUACCUUGGGUUAUCUAACCACCACCGGCCCUAGGCUAUUUGGAUUCCUCAGAAGUCGUCGACGACAAGAUGUCACGGUCCAAGAAAAGUUGAAUUUGCUCUACACCAUCCUCAAAACCUCGACCCAGCUCAAUCGAUUUCCCACCGCAGCUGCAGUGGCUGUUGGAGGAUCCACUGCCUUACCCCGUCUUGUUCGCACCAUUCUUCAAUGGAUCUUUGCCACUCUCGGCAGACCGAUUCGACUCAGGAGCCUCCUCGUUGCGCACAUACACUUUAUCUGUUCCCUCUUAUCGGCGUGGCUGGCAUUUGACCUCCUCAAUCGUGAUGAAGAUUGGGUGCGAAAAAGGGCGAAAUCCAGGAGUGCUGCUUCCGUCAAUAUAAGCGACUUCAAGUCACCGAACCCAGAUCAUUUAUCUUUACCAUCUUAUCACCCCCAUUAUGCCGGCAAAACCAUUGACUUCACCCUAUUUGCUUUUUGCCGAGCACUGGAUGUUGCAAUCAUCACCACGUGGACACGAACUCGAUCCAUGUCGAAGCAUCCCGGACGUCGAAGUCCAAGAUUGGCCAAUUUCAUAGGCAAGAUGGCUGAUCCGUCCAUAUUUGCCACGUCUGCGGCUAUCAUUAUGUGGUCGUGGUUUUAUUCUCCCCACCGACUACCUCGGGCAUACAACCACUGGAUUUCCAAGGCGGCUGACGUAGAUUUCCGUUUGAUUCAAGCUCUCCGCUUGGCUAGACAGGGUGAUUUUGUGUACGGAGAGGACACCGGGCAAGCACCACUUCUCGCUGGCCUGUGCCGAGAUUUCGGUUUGCCCGAAGAAUACGCCGAUCCGUCCAAGACCAUUCCAAUCCCUUGCGAGCUAUACCAUUGUGGCACCGGCAAGAGCUGUGAAUUUCACGCUGUCUCCAGAUUUUGGCGAAGCUGGAAGUUCGCCAUGGAGAUCUACGUACCACUUCAACUCCUAGCGCGAAUCCGAUCACCCAAUUUGAAGUCGAUCCUGCACAGUCUGAUAUCUGCUGCAAGAUCAUCUUCCUUCCUCGCGACCUUUGUCGGCGUAUUCUACUACGCCGUAUGUUUGGCACGAACUCGGCUGGGUCCAAAGCUCUUUUCAUACAAGACCGUUACUCCGCAAAUGUGGGAUUCAGGACUCUGUGUUCUGGCUGGGUGCCUUGCAUGUGGAUGGUCCAUUCUCCUGGAGAAGCCGAGCAGAAGACGAGAGAUCGCCUUCUUUGUGGCUCCCAGAGCAUUGGCCACUAUCCUCCCCCGAGUCUAUGACAAACAAUACAUACGUCGAGAACAGACAGUCUUUGCCACAAGUGUUGCGCUUGUUUUGACCACGCUUCAGGCAGGAAGUCCACGUAAUGUCAGAGGCGUGUUUGGUAGAAUACUUGAGGGUGUUGUGAGGGACUGA